AUGUAUGGCAAACAAACAAAGGAUUACAGACUAGAAGGCUUUCAAAUCCAAACUCUGUUGGCGAGAGGGAUUUUAACUUGUUUUCAGUCAUGCCUGAAACAUGAAAAAUGCGAAUCAAUUAAUUUUGAUAACUACUCUGGCGUGUGUGAGUUAAAUAGCAAGAGUCUCAGUGGAUCAGAACAGCUUAUUUACCGGCAAGGAAAUAUCUUUGUGCAAUCGGUGGCCAUUAAAAGAGUAAGUCAAAUUCUUUCUAACAAGUCCUUUUUUAAGUAUACGUCACUACUAUUCUCCGUUCGUCUAUGAGCAAACAAAGCUUUGCCUCCGUUCUUCCUUCACCUACUACCACGAUUUUUAAGAAGAGGUGGAGACAUUCUUAAGAAACCAAAUAUAAACAUUUCUAAAGCUUUGGUGGUUAUAGAGGCUUGACAAAAUAAAAAGAGGAUAACAGAAUCAAAUAUUUUACUUUAUAAAUGAAGAUUUUAGCUCCAUUUAAUUUUCUACUGUAAUUUCUUUCUUUUUAAUGAUAAUCAUUGACAGCAAUCAUCGUGCGCUGAAAUCCACCAGACGUCUCCUUCAGCAGCAAGCGGUUACUACUGGAUAUAUAUUGGCCAAGUCAAGGUUCAGGUGUAUUGUGACAUGAAAACUUUUGGUACGCAGUUACUGACAGAAACUUUUCAGAAUUAUAUAAAUUAUUAAGAUAAAAAAAAGGAAAAGAAUUUUAAGUGAACGUUAUGUAACUUUACUGACUUCAAACUGAACUUCCCAUUUAAAAAAUACUCACUUAAAGUUCUGCUUCUUUUAUAUUUUUAAAGAAUGUUUCGUUGGAGUAUGCAAAUUUUUUUUUCACGUCUUCAAAUCCUAUAAGCAAAACUGAUAAGUCUAGAUGUACAUGUAUAAUAAAUCGUACACGAGAAGGAGUUUCAAUAAGAUAUGCAAAAACCAGAAAAGUGGGAGGAAGAAAUACUAACAUCUUUUCAUCAUUUUUGCUUUUCUUUUGCAACCUACUUUUCAGUGUUUGCAGACUCCUGGUACACGUGUAUAUAUGUUACAUAAAAUAUCUAGAACUACGUUUAUUCCAGGGAAAUUUUUUUGAUCGGUGAUUGCCAUAAGUUCUGCUUUUAGUCUAAGAAAUCCUUUUUGCUUGUGUGAGAACAGAUUAAUAUCCUUUUCAUCAAUUUCGAGAAUCAAAAAGAGAAAAGAGAUAUUAAUUCAUUUUUUUAACUAGUUUAACUAACUUAAGAGGAAUGGUCCUCUUUCGACAAUAUAAGGCAAGUUUACAUUCUACCAAAGCCCCGCAUCAGUCCAUCCCCUAUCCAACGCAGCCUGCACUGGCAUUUCCACCUCGGCAGAUGUGCGUGUCACUUAAAUGGUCCACGAGGGGCCAAACAACUUUUCAGGGUUAAGAAGGGGGCUCUCCUAGCAGAAAUUUUAUGUUCUCAUAAUGACUAAUCCCUUGGGGAUAAUAUACGAGCCACGGUCACAAUACUGUUGCUUCUCAUCACAGGGAAGAUACCAGUAAAGGAAGAUUUAGAGCUCCAAAUAAUUUUUCGCAUUUUUAUAUACAAUGCAGGUGGUGGAUGGACAUUAGUGGUCAGCAUAAGCUCUAAAAAUAAUCAACACCUUCAAAGAGCUGCCGUAAACUGCUUCGAUUUGGAACUGUGUGUACCUUUCGACAAACAAAGCAUGACGACUCGAAAACUAAGCGAUGAGCAUAUACACCACUUGGCAAACUGCGAAGGUACUACUCAAGAUGCCCAAAUUUGUCCGCUUUGUGUCCUCAGUCACUACUUAUUUAAAAGCAUUCUGUACUUGUCAUAAAAUUUAUAUUGCCGCACACUAUGGAAAACUAGGUACAAUAUAACGCUAACCGAGAACAUGACUAAUUCGAAAAAAAUAUAAAACUGACAGUUCUAGUGAGGCCUUAAACUGCCCUAUCUCUAACACUGGAUAGUGUUUAUGAGGAAAUGCAGUGUACCAGCUCACUUGUAACAGCUGCGAUCAUCAAUACAUUGGUAGUACGAGACGCUUCAUCCACGACCGUGUAAAAGAACAUCUCAAUAAUGAAUACUCCUCUGAGAAAAAACAUAUCUAUUCCUGCCAGAACAAAAACUAUAAAGGCAUUGAGGUCAAGAUUAUUAUGAGCGAAAACGACCCCGCUAAUCUACGCCUUUAUGAAGCCUUUUUCAUUAGGAAGUGCAAGCCUACAUUCAAUUCCCGGGAGGAAUGUAGUGAAUUCGAAGACCUUCUAUUUUAGUAUUUCAGAGACCAUUAUUAAGUACUUUUAGAGGGCCUUUGUCUAGAGACAUUCCAUCAUUAGAGCGUUGUAUUCCAUUCACAGUUUAUUUCUAUACCUUUCAUACAUACGUCACAUCUUCUACACAUUUCACCCUACACCUCCUUUCCAUUCAUAUAGCACGCGCGGAAUAUUUUCUCAUCCCUGAUGAUGCCGUUGAUCGGCGAGAGCUUGGAUUUUGGAUUUUACUUUUCUAAACAGCAGUUUAAGGCUCAGGGCUCGAAAUUAAAAAAAAUGUCUGGUCGCAAAUUUGCGACUAGUUACGAAAAUUUGGUCGCAACUUUGAAAAUGUUAGUCGCGAAAUUAGUUGAGGCCAUGUAAUCAAGAAAUAAGUAGGCUUUUAAAUGAUUAACGCUUUAAUUUUCAUUCUUUCUACAGCUUCCAUGUCAUUUCGAGACUUAAUAGUACAGAACGUUUAGCAUCUCGGACAACACCAGUUCAUCUAAACGAUCAAGUUGAACCUGCGUUAAGGCACAUAAAUUAGUGUCUGUUAUUUUAGUCAAAGCGAUAGAUUUCCAAAUCAUGAACAGAUAUUACAGCAGGAAACUGCAGUUCUUAAAUGCCUCCAAUCUCUGCAAAAUAGCAAUAACAUUUGUACUGGGCGGACAUCCGACAUGGUUGUAGGUUACGUUACGUAACUAAAUUCCUUUAGUUUUACCUUUUGCAGGUUUUCCACCGAUGACAAAACAAGUAACGAAUUCUUUUAUAUAUUAAGCUUUACAUCUGAAGUAUCAGGGGUGUUACUACAGUGAUUAUUCAAAGAACCCUGAAGGACUGAAUCAUUCAAUACGACGAUACGUGCCAUGCGGACAUUCCGCCAUCUUUGUUUGCUAAACCUCGUUUUCAUGUAUACGUAGAUUCGCAACCCACUUGGAACCGAUUUAUUUUACAUGUAAAUCUUUUUUUUUAAAACUAACCGUUUACUGUCAAACGAAGAAACAAUGAAGCCUUAAGUACUCAUUUUUUACCGACGAAAGUUAUUGACUCCAGUUUUUCUGCUUGUUUCUGUUCCUUCGAUCUUGCUCGGUGACUAACGACUGUCAGCGGCAAAUCAAAACGAAAUAUGAGCCUGCAAUGCACAUGUUUACAGAACCGGCUCAAAAUGGCGUGCUGUUGAAGGAAUAUCGUUGCGUGUAUGCAUGCCAGGUAAAUUACGGUAAACCUUCAGAUUGUAACAAAAUUAUAAGACGCUACUUCAAUGAAUCUUUUUAUUUCUAAAUUUAUUUAAGCAAAAAUUCAAGUGCUAGUCCUUUUAUUUCGUAUCAGUUAAGGCAAAACGUAGUCGCAAAUUUGCGACUACUCUCGUUUUUCUAGUCGCAAAUAACAAAAAUUAAGUCGCAAAUGCGACCGUAUCGGUCGCAAUUUCGAGCCCUGGUUUAAGGCCUCACUAGAGCAGUUUUAUAUUUUUUAAUUAAGCUGCUGAAGGACAACAUGAACAGAUUAUGAUUAAUUCUCCCGUUCACUUUUGUGAACACAUGUUGCUGCAAAAAUUUGUUGUCGUUACUUCGUACACAGGAACAUUUAGAUUGAAUGUUUUUCAAGGGAACUAUUCCGUCUUUUACCAGGUAAAUGUUUUAUUUUCUCUUCAGUUAAAAAAAUAACACAAUAGACGUUACGAUAAUUCAAAUUUGUGAAAUUAUAGGAUUCUUAAUCGUAUUUAGAAAGAACAAGAUGAAAAAAGCCCCCUUACAAAAAAAUCAGCUUGUCAGUGCAACCAGUUUGUUCUGAUGACUCCAUACGAAUCCUUCUCCUUGGCUUAUGAUCCAGGCCUAUUUUAGGGCCUGUUUACAUGGAGGUGGGGGACCCCAGGUAAGUGAGGUAACCCGCCUUUCCAUAUAAUCUCUUAUAUGGUCACCCCACCUAUCAUGUAAACGUGAUCAAAUUAAAAUGAGAGAUUAUAUGGACAGGCGGGUUACCCCACCUAAGCGAGGGGGGAGGUACGGGACGGUAAAUCUCCCUCCUCCCUACUUUUUGGGGCAAUUUCUCCCUCCUCCCUAAACUUGGUUUAAAAAUUAACGGCGGGCACUCCUGAGGAAGUAUAAUGACCUUCAGAGCUUGCUUCACACGAAGAAGGCCUAACCAGUCCAGGAUCGUUAUCAAAUUUGAUAACCAUGUGACGUCACAACAUGGUGGCCAUUUCAAAAGUCGGGAAUUUUCGUCUUCGCCUUUCUUUAUCCGAGAUUUUGUCCGAUCUUAUUCGGUGUAAACUCGUCAGGUACCCAUGGUGCUGUUCGGCAAGGCCAAGGAGCUUCACAUGUUUCAAAAUGGCAGAUGUGUAUCACUCGUAUUGAAGUAAAUUUCCCUCUCAAACUGAAGCGUCCCAUCAGAUUUUGGUUCCGGGAUCAGGUAUGUUUUUCCACUUCGUUGUUAAAUUAAUGUACUUGUCGAUUUUUGUGAGAGAUGCAAAAAAUCUGGUGUUAUAUCCAAGGUUUAUGAUUCAGCAUGUUUCUAUUGUUGUGCACAACCUCUGAAAAAGUCUUCCUUAAGGUGCUGAGAUGGCAGAUGAUGCCCAUAGAAGCAAAAUUUUAAAGUUAUGUCGCCUUUGUGGCAAGAUCGCGUCUUCAAAUACCUCCAGUUUUAAGACUGUUAAGCUUAUUCAAUUACCAAGGCCGGGAGGAACUACGCGCUCCGGUCAAAAGACUCACACUAUCUUUAGAAAAACACUAAGCUGGAGUUUACUGAGUCACAAUUCAAUUCUCCAUAGUAAGUUUAUGUAGCUUCAGUUUAAGCUGCACUUCAUUCUUAUAAUUUUGGAUCUGUAAAUCACUAUCCUUGAUAAUUUAACAUUCUGCAAAGAAAUCUGACGAGCUGGGCCCAGCGUGAUACAGCAUUGCAGAAAAACAUUACACUCACGGACUAAAAAAAAUCGCUUAGUUAUUCAGAUCCAGAGGGCACUUUGGAGAAAAUUGGAACCCUUGCUCAGCCGUAAUAAAAAAGCUUUACGCUUCAAAAGAGGUCGAAGAAAAUGCGCUCGCAUCAGAGGGCAAAUCCUGCCGAGCAGAAACAAUAACUACAGUAAAUCGAUAUGUAUGUCAUGACCUCUCAGUGUGAAACAUGCGGCUAAAAUCACCUUUGCUCAGUGUAAAUGUAGAACCUUCCAGAGCAUAAUCUACCCAGCAGAUAAAAACAACUUUAUUGGAAUAAGCAGCACUUUGGCAUGAGGUAAAAGUCGUGUAGGCCUACCACCCCCUUUUAUUGCUAAAAAUUUAAACAGCUAUUUGUAUAUGCUAAUCAAUGGAAGGCAUACUCAUUGUCUGCAUGUUCCGUUUUUGUUUCAUUGACAGAUCUUCGUGACAAGAGGAAAAUAGCAGAAUGGACUUCGAAAAAGCAAACUUCUGUAGACGAUGUUAAAAAUAAAACCUUUAUCCUUAACAGAAUAACCAUUGUCUUCCAUCACUGUGUCUCUUUAAUUUCAACAUUUCAGUAGAAACAAAUUACGUAUGAGUUUGAUGAUUUGUUUGAAAUACACGAAGCUUUCCGCGGAGGUCUUAUUUGGAAAAAUGCGUCUCAAAUACAUUUUCACCAGUUCUACAAUCUACUGAGAGACGUCUGUUAUAAAAAAUUGCCAUGUGCAUGAGUUGCUGUCUCGGCAGUACUCCUUUCUAAUUACUGACAACAUCUCGACAUCGUCCGCCAUAUUGAAUUCAAGAACGCUUUCCCUCAAAUUAGGUCACGAACGAAAAUUUGAACAGCGAUUGGCUCGUGGUUUGUUUUGGUCGAGGUUAUCAAAUUUGAUAACGAUCCCGGACUGCUAACCACCAUAUGUAUGCAUACGAAGAUUUUAUUGAGGGAAAGCCCAUACACCCACCCCCGGGGGAGUACUCCCUUAUAUAAGCCAUAUACGUAUGUGCCGCCUCAAAGGGUUUUUGCGCCGUUUCAGUCUUAAACGGGUAUAGAUUUUGCCCAUUUUGGUCUGGAAUCAGUGCCCGAUCCAGUCCUUGAGAUAAAGGGGAGCCUGGUCAUCCAAACCCUUAGAUAAGGGGAGGGGGGAUCUGUCUCCAAAAAAAAAAUUUUGGCGAAAAAAUCAGGGGGGUAAGGGCCCCUCCCCUGGAUCCUCCACUGGGAAUUGGGUAUGGCUUUCGAGGAAACUACGGGAGUGUAUGAACGUAUGGACCAUAAGGCUAUGCUAAAGCUACCCGCGGAUUGAUAGUUGAGUCAAACUCCUUGGCUGUCUUUAACUCAAAUUACUCCCCUACCUACUGUAGCUACGAAUUACCAGACGUUUUUUAUUUUCAUACUUUUUGCCCUAUAUUAUGAUUCACUUAUUUUUCUAUAUGUAUUAUCAGAUUUUAUUUGUUAAUUUUUUAUCCGAGCAUUGUAUAUAUUUUAUGAUCGUUUCUUUUAAUAGUUGGUGCCAUGUCUGUAACAGAUUUUACCAACUUAAUCUGAAUGUAGAUGUAGAUGUAUUUGUCGUUUCAACUCCAAAUGAAUCAGAAAGAAAGAGUAAUAAGCGAAUUCGAAAUGGAUUUUAAGAAAUCUCGUUUGAGCUCUAGUCUAAAUUCUACCUAUACCAGGUCUGAAAAUGGGCGUGGAUUUAAGAGACGGGUCUGAAACGGGUGUGGGAAAUAACAUUUUUUUUUUAGUGUGAAAUAGGGUCAGGAUUUUAAGAACCGGGCGGCUCAAGCCCACCAAAAAUUCCCGGGAAUACCCCCUACAACCCCCGGGGUACCUAUCAGGUAUCUAAGAGAAAUACUUUAUCUUAUAUAACGAAAACUCAUUCCAAUUUUGCGGUGGCAACUACCUACAGACCGAUGGAACAGCCAUGGGAACAAAGAUGGCCGUUGCUUUUGCUAACAUCUUAAUGCCCAUAAUAGAAUACCAGAUAUUGAGACAUAGUUGUAUUGAACCGCACCCUGGUCACCAGAGGAUUUUUCUCGGGUGCGGCGAGAUGCUUCGGUGUCGCUGCAGGCCAACAGAUCUUUGGCCGAAGGCAGAAGUCACUAGAGGCGAAGCCGCGAGAAAAAAAGCUUUCCACGCGGGUCACUUUAGACGGCUUUACCAAACCGGAAACCGCACAUAAAAAGUCUCUGGGCACCCAGGCUAAUUGAACCGCUGUUUUGGAAAAGAUAUAUUGAGACACCUGCCUAUGGAACCUAGACAAAAUAAAGAGCCAAAAUUGUGGAAAAGGCAAAUACUAUCAAAUUCACGGCUAAGAUGUAAGAAACAGAGAUCACUUUCUUGGACACAAAAGUGUACAAAGGGAUUAGAUUCAACAAGGAACACAACCAGGGGCCCAUGAGCCAACGUACAGAAGCCUUUCACGUACUUGUGGCAACCACCAGGCGUAAAGAAAUGCUUCAUUGACGGAGAAGCGCUCAUGGGUCUAAGGUCUGUUCGUCUCAUGCUCAAACCACUUUUGAGGAAACUAUCAAAGAUUUCGAAAAUCGCCUGGUAAAAAGAGGCUACCCGGUCCCUAUUGCGAGAAAGUACCUCUCUGAGUUAAAACUCGCCGACAGGAAAACAGCCCUUCAACAGAGCAACAAAUCUGCACGUAAAAAGCCACUACCAUUUGUUACCAAAUAGCGGUUUCAAUAGACUGAAGAAAAUACUAUGGGAAAAUCCACCUUAUACAAAACCAACGACGGCUAAGAGAAAUCUUUAAGGAAUAUCAUAUCGCAAGUGAAAAUCCUUUAAGGGCCAGCUAUUAGUUAGAGCAAAGCUCUGAAGGACAGAGAACUUCCUUUACAACUAAGUGAAGGAGUUGUGUGUUACGACUGUCGUCACCAAGUUUUAAAAACCUGGUAACCUGAGAUGCGUCCAAGUUUGAUCCCAUGCUUUCUUGGUUAAGUCCGACCCAGGGAGUCCUAGGAGACCUAAGGGGAUUGUAGUGUACACCAUUUUCUCUGUCCCCCCAUCCGGCCUUGUCAUGACACAAGUUAAAGAAAAGCCAUAAAAUUACCUUCUCAUUGUAAUCUCCCUACUCCCAACAUUUCAUUUUCUCCCUCCUCUCUACAUUUUCGCCCCGAUUUCUCCCUCCUCCCUACUUUUUCGGGCCAUUUCUCCCUCCUCCCUAUUAUGUACCUCCCCCCUCCUAAGCGGGUUACCUCACCUACCUGGAAUCCCCCACCUCCAUACCAUAAACAGGCCCUCAUUAUGGAGUGAUUGGAGCAUAAAGUUGCUUAUAUAUAUCUCCUCACCAAUUUGCACCAACAGACUGAUUUUUAGCAAGAGAACAUUUUUCAUCUUGUGCUUUCAAAUAAAACAAGAACGCUCACAAAAGUGUAAGUUUCGCUUGCUUGGAGAUACGAUAUGAAAUAAGACGCUCUCAGUAAAAGUGUUGACUCGAACUCGCUUGGAGAUAAGAUAAGAAAUAAGGAGGCAAUUAAUUAAUUCUUAAUGAGUCUGUGUCCGGGCGUGGAAGCCAUAGGGACCAUGCGGGGAAGGAGAAAAGAAAAAAAAAGCUAGCUAGCCAGUUUACACAGUAACCAUUGACUGCCUUUGGUAAAUACAACAGUCAGAAACUUCGCAUGCCUUCCGUUUUACUAACUGGAAAACUAUUUUGACCUUCUCGUUUGGGUUCUUCAUUUCCUCAUAUCCCCAAGGCUUUGGUAUAGAAUUGUGGCAUCUAUAAGAAUUUUACUCUCUAACAACGAUACUAUCUUCUUUUUUUUUUUAAUUCGGUGCCUCUCAUUUUCAUAUCUUCUACAAAGUGAAUUCUCUUCUAACUCCUCCUUUUUAUAAAAAAAAUUCAUAGUUUCAUUGUCAGUCAGCCUUGAGUAGCGGCAUAACCAUCCUUGCCCGUACAGUAUGCUAUCCUUCUCCGCGCUGACGUUAGGGAGAAUAGACUGCGGGACCAGCUAAAGGAAUGUUUGUGUGUAAGGCAAGGAGCUGGGGCUACUGCUUUGUGCUAGUUCGCUAUCCGUUUCUCUCAGUUUUACCUUUCUAAAGCUGUUUUUAUAUACACAGUCCGUAGUCCGCGUUUUAUACCUAGCACGUGUUUUAUACUCAGUCCGUAGUUUCUAGUCCACAUUUUUUAGCUAGUCCGUGUUUUAUACCCGGUUCAGUCCGUGGUCCCAAGUUGGCAGUCCACGUUUUAUACUAACCGCAAAGCUACCCGUAACACAUCCGUGACUCAUACUUAACGAAUACUUGAAGGUUAAGUCAUUGAAAUCUCAAGUACUUACAAAGUGCAAUGCGACGCUGAUCACAUCUUAACAACUGCGAAAAUCUAUCAAUUAAAUACAUACAACAAAGUGAAUCUGCCAUAAAACAUCGAUUCCUCAAUUCACGGGAAUUUAAAUUCACUUGCCUUCGAACUCUUCGCCUUGCAACAACGUGGCUUCCUACACGAAACAGGAUUUCCUUGCUAUAAUUUUUUUACGUCCUUUUUUAUCGACGGUCGAGUAAUCUUUUUAAAUCGUUUUCAGCGAAACGUGACCAACAAAGCGUGUUAUUUCAGUCAUCGCCGAAAAUAAACCGCAUGAUCAUCACAAGACAAAAUUGCAUACGAUGAAAAUUUACAUAGCUUCACCAUCGAAUUGUUUUCUUCUUUUUUCCAGCCACUGAAGCAUUCACUUGUUUCAAAAUAAUAGUAUUCGGAGACCGACGCGUUCCGUAAAGCUCUACAUCUUUCAUCACAUCAAUCUUCCCUGCAUGGCUUUCGCCACGCCGAGAUACUUUUCCCCUGUUUCCACGGUCUCCGCUACAAACGCCUGGGAUUAUGAUCCCCUUUUUGGGGCUCCCACAAACGACCUAUAGAUGUUCAUG